AAAUUGCCAUAAUUAGUAGUUAGUAGUAAUGAGGUAGUAAACACUUUAGUGAUCCCUGGGGUAAAAUAGUGUUGUCCAGUCACAGCACACACAUAAAUUUUAUUUUAUUGUAUUAAAUUAUAGUCAGUAGCUCUCUGAACAACCCUCCCAUAGCACUUUGUAUUUCUUGGUUAUGGUCUUCAGAUAAAACUGACACGUCCUCCCUCCCCCCAAAAAAAACGAAUAACUAAACACCAUCAACUUCCCUGUUUUGACCUUAUUCCUGGCUGGCCGCUGAGGUCCUGCUUUCUGAAGGACAUCUGGGUGACUGUGAGUAGGGGGUGCCGUGCCUUUGGGGUUAUGCGACAUUUGCAUAGGUGCCGAAAUUGCUAUCGGCUGGGGCAAAGCGUUCUGUUAAGCAGAUACUCUUAAAUCAGUUACUUGAGCGGUCAGAUAAUUUCCAUGUGUUGUGCUUAGCAAUGAUUUGUUAAUGUGAAGUACUGAUCCAACAGGAGCACAGUAAGCCCUAUGCUAACCGUGUACUAUGCUAGCGAUAAGUCGCCGAUGUAAAAUACUAGCGCAGGAAGGGCUGCCGUCUGACAGAUUCCAUGGCUACGUUUAAACCAUUAAUGUGCAAAUUUUUUGAGAGGGACGGCAAAUGAUGGUUUGGGAUGGUCGGCGAUCUCUGUCCUUGAAUCUUUGCGGUGCCUGACCGCGUAUUACAAGCGAAGGCUAGACUGAGCUGAGGACCUGUUUAACUGCCCGAGUUUGUGUGUGUGGUUCUUUAGGAAGAGGAGCUUAGCAGUCUGAGACAACAUCGUCAUCAGCUGUGACUCAGAGUCCUCCUUAAUGCCUUAGAUAUCCGGCAGGAGUCUUAACAUCUUUGGAAACAUGACUCAUUUCUGGGAAAUCCUGGCCAAUAAUGUCAUCUCAUUCAGAUGAAUAAAACGCGCUGACGAUGUCCCACUUGCUGCAGUAUUUCUGUGCCUCUCAUUGACGAGCCCGUAGGCCCAGUCCAGGGAGGCAAGCUGUCCAGAAUCCCCCCCCCCCACCACCACCUCUUUGCUGGUCUCCGUGGCGUCGCCUGGGGAUCUUGGUCCUGGUCCCUGGAAUGGAGAUCUUUCUUCAGCAGAAUCUGCUUGGUGCUUUGUUUGAUUUGCCCUAAACACAUUGCACUGGGGUUAAGUUUACAGUGUGGCAGACCGAGGCGAAGUUCCCCUUUUCCCUGUGAAGCAUGUUUGCUAGAGCUAAUCUUAGGAUGACUGUUUAAAUCAGAUUAGCACAGGGCAGCAGGUGGACGAACAGGCCGGCUCUCUCUGGGACACUGGCCUCCGGUGGACCGUUACCCUGACUGUGACCCUUGGUGCCAGCGGUGGCAUCUCGCUCACUGUGGGCGGGUGGACAGGCAGGUGAGGUGGCGUUCUGACGCUCAGACCCAUUACGCUGCUCCGGGCAUCAUCUCCGCUCUCAAAGCGAAAGUCAUGCGGCUUUUGUGCCUGUUUGGUUUUUCAUUGUUGGGCACGUGUUCGUGCUCAGUGUCGGGUGUGGGGUGCAGCCUCUGGCGGGAAUCUGUGGGACACAUCCCACUUGCAGUGAUUCUCACUUCCUGCUUUUGUUUCUGCACGCACGGUUUUGUUCUUUAUAGUUCUGUCGUCAUUUGGCUAGGAUUACCGUAAUCAUUCAAAUAGAGGAUUUGAGUCUUUGGUGAGGGAGCGCCGAUUCGUCGCCAUUUUGGCUCAAUGUCUCAGUCAUGUUACCGGGCCGGUCUCCACUCUUACCAGAAGUACAGAAACGGGACGCUCGAUGAUGAGACCUUGUUUUUAUUUACCCUGGCUGCUGUGCAACGCAUUUGUUCAGGGCUUUAAGCAAAAGGAUCACUGAGAGGUUUUAAAAGCCAGGUGACAGCCAGGAGAUGAGUUUGUUUGGGGCGAUGACCUGGCGGAGAUCGCUGCAAAGCCGGAAAUGUGACAAUACCUGAAUGACUGUGAUCGUUGCGGUCUGAAUGCGGCCGGGAUCUAGUGCUUAAGGAACUCUCAGGUUAGAUACAGGUCUUUCAUGCUUUCAAAUCUUACUGUCGUGUCUGCUGGUUUACGGCCCCAUAUUCCGGACCGACGAGCUUCCCUUGAAGCUUUCCUGUGUGAUGCGGGCCUGCUGUGGAUUUAUGACGGUACUUGUAUGUCCCUGCUGUUUGCACCGUAUCAGUCAGGCCUCUUCAUCUCUGCUAACCAAAGCAGAGAACUCUGUGGCAGUGGUGUCACUGGAACCCCAGAAGCUGAGGUGGAGACUAGUCUGCUGUAUUCACUGCAUUGUGGGGUUCUAUUCUCCAUGACAGUGUGUCCCCACCCUUCCCAAAAUUGUCCUCAUGCUUUCGUCUUGGCCAUUGAGUCUUGGUCACCCAUUCUGUGUAUAGUGAAGCACUUUGGUCACAACCUGCAUUCAUAAAGCAUUUAUCUCUGUGGGUUUAAAUUUCGGCUCAGUUCUUCUAAUUAAAAUUUUCUGUAGUUAAUUGUGUUAAUUUGCGGUAGCGGGGCUGUGUUUUUAAUUAGGUGUGCUUGUGGGAACUGGGAGUUUCAUGCAGGAUCUCAUGGUCGUCUCUACACCUCCUGUCCCAUCUGUCCCCUGACAACUGUGAACCCCUUCAGCUGCCACCCUCUCCACUCCCACACGCUUCGCACAAACCAAUACUGACUCCCUCCACACUUCGCACAAGCUGAUACCCCUCCCUCACUUCACAUAGCCCAGUAUCUCCCCCUCCAUGCACUCUUUACACAGCCUGACCCCCCCCCCCCCAAACAUAUACACACACUUCACACAGACCAAUACUGCCCCCCCACGCACUUCACACAGCCCAGUACUCCUCCUACACACAUGCUUCACAGAGCUGAAUACCCCCACACACAUACAUGCUUCACACAGGCUGAUAUCCCCUUGCACACAUUCACAUGCCAAAACACAUUUGUAUGCACAUGCCUGCAGAGUUCCGUGCGCAUGUACACAUGUAUUUAUCGUACGUGAGCGGAGGGCUCCCUGCCAAGCCCUCUGUCACACACACACACACACACACACACACACACACACACACACACACACACACACACACACACACACACACACACACGAAAAGCAUAGGCUGUGGCUUCAGGACCUGUAAUCAGGCUUCCCGUUGCAGGGGAUAUUUAUCUCUCAGGUGUUGGUCCGUGUUGGUCCGUGCUGGUCCGUGCUGUCAUGUCGGGCCUCUCGUUUGCCCACAGGCUGUAAUGAACGCCAUAUUCUCUGCACUGACAGACUGAUGAUCUUGCUCACGUUCAUAAUUCAUUUCUCCCAUGUGGCGCUUUCUUGUUGUACAGCUGGACCUGUCACCGUUCUGGGCUCACCUUGACGACAUCUGUUUCUUCUCAAUAAAUCCACACAGGCCAUGCAAGUGUUGUGACAGUUAGUGCUGCACUGAUGUGGAAAUUGUGAUCAAUAAUGAUAUAUAUUUCUUUGUAAUAUCGUCGACAUGGAUAACCACUUGCUGUGCAUGUGUCGCUCUGCCCUGAUCAUUCACUGAACAUAUCUUUGCUUGGCUGUCUUCUUGAGAAAUGGUGUCAACGUCAUUUUGAUACAUCUUUGUGUACCAGGUCUCCCAAUAGCUGUAUGCAGAAUGUCCCACAUCACAUUCAGACUCUGGUGAGGGACCUUAUCGGCAUCGGCUGAACCUUCGAAAUUAAUGUUAUCUAGAAUGAACUGGAAAGUUUUCUGGUACGGACACUAAAUUCCCGUUGAACUCAGAUAUGUGUGCAUCUUGGUCCUGCAUCUCUAAGAGUGAUUGCCAGCCAGUCCCUUUGCCCGGUUCCUGCACAGAGCUUCAUUGGGUCCAGUCCAUCAAUCUGCCGUGAAAUGGACCAGCCUGUCUCCUGCCCAAUUGUGUCUGAGAGGCCCGGCUCGUCGUGUGCGUUUUGUCUUGGGUUCAUUAGCUCUCCUUGUCACAGCCGCUGUAAGUGCCGUGUGUCUUACAGAACAGCCGAACACAAGCUGAUUGAGGCGCUGUGACUGCAGCCUUUGUCUGUCGCCUUCCGGGCCCCGGCUGCCGCUCAAUGCAAGCGUGGCCCCAGCUAGCGCGUGACUAACGGUGCCCCGUCUCUGUCCCCGGGUUCACAAUGCCUGUCAGUCAGCCUGCUGGGGGCCUUUAUGAUUUAUGGACAGGCACUUCUGGCGGCCGUCUAAAUUCCUCCUGCACCUGCCUCCACGGGCGUUACUGAUUAUAACCACGUCGAGGUUUUGAACUUGGUCACCUGCCCCUCCAGUCGAGUUUCCGUGGUGCCCAGGGUUGGUGUUAAUGUGGCGGGGGGGGGUGGGGCUGUUGUCAGAACGAUGGUCCCAGCAGAUGGACCAAGGCCAUCACAGCUGUCACUCCCCGUUACCCACAGCUGCGGCCCGCGUGCCCCCCGCCACCCGUCCACUCCUCCCAUCAUACAGAGGGUCACUUUUACCAGCCUCCUCCUCCCCCACCUCCUCAAAUAUCACACCCCAUGGAUUGUCCAUUUCACUGGAGAUCGGGGGGCUCUUCCAGGCUGUCCCAGACUCAGGUCCGCUUCAGAACCUCGGACUUUCGGAUCGCUUGUAAUGGCCGGGCUGACCAUCCUCUUCCGCGUCCUCUAUGGGGGAUUUCUACGUACCAGCCCAGGUCGUCUGCUAGACGAGCGGCAGCUUCAGGACCGUCGCAAAGGUAUCACUGGGCCACCAUCGCCACGGUUUCGCCGAAAUGAGGAGGUGAAGGCGGUGGAAGUGCUGCCCAUCCUGAAGGAGAAGGUCGCCUUCCUCUCAGGGGGCAGGGACCGGCGUGGAGGUCCCGUCUUAACGUUCCCAUCUCGGAGUAACCACGACAGAAUACGACCGGAGGACCUGCGGCGGCUCGUCGCCUACCUGGCCGGGAUCCCCAGUGAGGAUGUGUGCAAACAUGGCUUCACCGUCAUCGUGGACAUGCGGGGGUCCAAGUGGGACUCCAUCAAGCCUCUGCUGAAGGUCCUGCACGAGUCCUUCCCCAGCUGCAUCCACGUCGCGCUCAUCAUCAAGCCCGACAACUUCUGGCAGAAGCAGAGAACCAAUUUCGGUAGCUCCAAGUUCGAGUUCGAGACCACCAUGGUGUCCCUUGAGGGCCUCUCCAAGGUGGUAGACCCCUCCCAGCUGACCCCAGACUUCGAGGGCAGCCUGGACUACAACCACGAGGAGUGGAUCGAGAUACGGGUCGCCUUCGAGGAGUUCACCAGCAACGCCUCGCGCAUGCUCGGCCGCCUGGAGGAGCUGCAGGAGACGCUGUCCAAGAAGGACUUCCCACAGGAGCUAGAGGGGGCGCGCCGCAUGAUUGAGGAGCACUCGAGCCUCAAGAAGAAGGUGAUCAAGGCGCCCAUCGAGGAGCUGGACGCUGAGGGCCAGCGACUGCUGCAGUGCAUCCAGAGCAGUGCGAGCAGCCAUGCCGGGGCAGGCUCCGCCAACGCCGACACGCAGGGCCUGGUGCCCAAGAUCACUGCACUGCUGGACAAACUGCACUCCACACGCCAGCACCUGCACCAGCUGUGGCACGUGCGCAAGCUGCAGCUGGACCAGUGCUUCCAGCUGAGGCUUUUCGAGCAGGAUGCUGAGAAGAUGUUCGACUGGAUCAUGCACAACAAGAGCCUGUUCCUGGCAGGCUACACGGAGAUCGGGACCAACCACUCGCACGCCAUGGAGCUUCAGACGCAGCACAAUCACUUCGCCAUGAAUUGCAUGAACGUCUACGUCAACAUCAGCCGCAUCGUGUCGGUGGGGAACCGGCUGCUGGAGUCGUCCCACUACGCCUCGCAGCAGAUCAAGCAGAUCUCUGGGCAGCUGGAGCUGGAGUGGAAGGCCUUCGCCGCCGCCCUGGAUGAGCGCAGCACCCUGCUAGAGAUGUCCGCCGUCUUCCACCAGAAGUGCGAUCAGUACAUGUCCAACGUGGACUCCUGGUGUAAGGCCUGCGGCGAGGUGGACCUGCCCUCGGAGCUUCAGGACCUGGAGGACGCCAUUCACCACCACCAGGGCCUGUACGAGCACAUCACUGUGGCCUACUCGGAGGUAAGCCAGGAUGGCAAGGGCCUACUGGACAAGUUGCAGCGCCCCCUGACCCCGGGCAGCGCCGACUCCCUCACCGCCUCCGCCAACUACUCCAAGGCGGUGCACCAUGUGCUGGAUGUCAUCCACGAGGUGCUGCACCACCAGCGUCAGCUAGAGAACAUCUGGCAGCACCGCAAGGUCCGGCUGCACCAACGGCUGCAGCUCUGCGUCUUCCAGCAGGAUGUGCAGCAGGUGUUGGACUGGAUAGAGAACCACGGCGAGGCCUUCCUGAGCAAGCACACCGGGGUGGGCAAGUCGCUGCACCGCGCUCGCGCCCUGCAGAAAAGGCACGAGGAUUUCGAGGAGGUGGCCCAGAACACGUACACCAACGCCGACAAGCUGUUGGAAGCCGCGGAGCAGCUGGCCCAGACGGGCGAAUGCGACCCGGAGGAGAUCUACCAGGCCGCCCACCAGCUGGAGGACCGUAUCCAGGACUUUGUGCGGCGCGUCGAGCAGCGCAAGGUGCUGCUGGACAUGUCAGUGGCCUUCCACACACACGUCAAGGAGCUGUGGACCUGGCUCGAAGAACUGCAGAAGGAGCUGCUGGAUGACGUGUACGCGGAGGCAGUGGAGGCCGUGCAGGAUCUGAUCAAGCGCUUUGGCCAGCAGCAGCAGACCACCCUGCAGGUCACCGUGAAUGUCAUCAAGGAGGGCGAGGACCUCAUCCAGCAGCUGAGGGAUUCGGCCAUUUCCAGUAACAAGACGCCCCACAAUAGCUCAAUCAACCACAUUGAGAGCGUCCUCCAGCAGCUGGACGAGGCGCAGGGCCAGAUGGAGGAGCUCUUUCAGGAGAGGAAGAUCAAGCUCGAGCUGUUCCUGCAGCUGCGCAUCUUUGAGCGCGAUGCCAUCGACAUCAUCUCAGACCUGGAGUCUUGGAAUGACGAGUUGUCGCAGCAGAUGAAUGACUUCGACACAGAGGACCUGACGCUGGCUGAGCAGCGCCUGCAGCAUCACGCCGACAAGGCGCUCACCAUGAACAACCUCACCUUCGACGUCAUCCACCAAGGCCAGGAGCUCUUACAGUAUGUCAACGAGGUGCAGGCCUCUGGCGUGGAGCUGUUGUGUGACCGGGAUGUGGACAUGGCCACUCGGGUGCAGGACCUGCUGGAGUUCCUCCACGAGAAGCAGCAGGAGCUGGAUGUGGUUGCUGAGCAACACCGCCGGCACCUCGAGCAGUGCGUGCAGCUGCGCCACCUGCAGGCUGAAGUCAAACAGGUCUUGGGCUGGAUCCGGAACGGGGAGUCCAUGCUGAACGCUGGGCUGAUCACCGCCAGCUCCCUGCAAGAGGCGGAGCAGCUCCAGAGGGAACAUGAACAGUUUCAACACGCCAUCGAGAAAACACACCAGAGCGCUCUCCAGGUGCAGCAGAAGGCAGAAGCCAUGCUGCAGGCCAACCACUACGACAUGGACCUGAUCCGCGAUUGCGCCGAGAACGUCGCCUCCCACUGGCAGCAGCUCAUGCUGAAGAUGGAGGACCGGCUGAAGCUGGUCAAUGCUUCGGUGGCCUUUUACAAGACCUCUGAGCAGGUGUGUAGUGUUCUGGAGAGCCUGGAGCAAGAGUAUAAGCGUGAGGAAGACUGGUGCGGAGGAGCCGACAAGUUAGGGCCCAACUGUGAGACGGACCAUGUGACACCUAUGAUCAGCAAACACCUGGAGCAGAAGGAGGCCUUUCUGAAGGCUUGCACCCUCGCUCGGCGCAAUGCUGACGUCUUCCUGAAAUACCUGCACAGGAACAGCGUCAACGUGCCCGGGAUGCUGAGCCACGUGAAGGCGCCCGAGCAGCAGGUUAAAAACAUCCUGAAUGAGCUGCUUCAGAGGGAGAACCGCGUCCUCCACUUCUGGACCAUGCGCAAGCGUCGGCUGGACCAGUGCCAGCAGUACGUGGUGUUCGAGCGCAGCGCCAAGCAGGCCUUAGAGUGGAUCCACGACACCGGCGAGUUCUACCUGUCCACCCACACCUCUACCGGCUCCAGCAUCCACCACACGCAGGAGCUGCUGAAGGAACACGAGGACUUCCACAUCACAGCCAGGCAAACCAAAGAGCGAGUGAAACUGCUGAUACAGCUGGCCGAUGGCUUCUGUGACAAGGGCCACGCCCACGCCAUGGAGAUCAAGAAAUGGGUCACUGCUGUGGACAAGCGCUACCGGGACUUCUCCCUUCGCAUGGACAAGUACCGCUCGUCCCUGGAGAAGGCGCUGGGCAUCUCCUCGGACUCCAACAAGUCGAGCAAAGACCUGCAGCUGGACAUCAUCCCAGCCAGCGCCCCGGGGUCAGAGGUCAAGCUGCGGGACGCCGCCCAUGAGCUUAACGAGGAGAAGCGCAAGUCGGCCCGCAGGAAAGAAUUCAUUAUGGCGGAGCUUAUUCAGACGGAGAAGGCCUACGUGCGGGACCUGAGGGAGUGCAUGGACACCUACCUGUGGGAGAUGACCAGUGGCGUUGAAGAGAUCCCCCAAGGGAUCGUCAACAAGGAGCACAUCAUCUUUGGAAACAUGCAGGACCUCUAUGAGUUCCACCACAACAUAUUCCUGAAGGAGCUAGAAAAGUAUGAGCAGCUACCAGAGGAUGUGGGUCACUGCUUCGUCACUUGGGCUGACAAGUUCCAGAUGUACGUCAAUUACUGCAAGAACAAACCGGACUCCACCCAGCUCAUACUAGAGCAUGCUGGGAGCUACUUCGACGAGAUCCAGCUCAGGCACCGCCUGGCCAACUCCAUCUCCUCCUACCUGAUCAAGCCGGUGCAGAGAAUAACCAAGUACCAACUGCUGCUCAAGGAGCUCCUGACGUGCUGUGAGGAGGGUAAAGGGGAGAUCAAGGAUGGCCUGGAGGUCAUGCUGAGUGUGCCCAAGCGUGCCAACGACGCCAUGCAUCUCAGCAUGCUGGAAGGCUUCGACGAGAACAUCGAGUCUCAGGGCGAGCUCAUCCUUCAGGAGUCCUUCCAGGUGUGGGACCCGAAAACCCUGAUCCGCAAGGGCCGCGAGCGUCAUCUCUUCCUGUUUGAGAUGUCCCUGGUCUUCAGCAAGGAGGUCAAGGACUCCAACGGCCGUAGCAAGUACAUCUAUAAGAGCAAGCUCUUCACCUCAGAGUUGGGGGUCACGGAGCACGUUGAGGGGGACCCCUGCAAAUUUGCCCUCUGGGUAGGACGAACCCCAACUUCUGAUAACAAGAUCGUCCUAAAGCCUCUAAGUCAGGGCAGCAAACACAGCACCAUGGCCUCCAGCAUCGAGAAUAAGCAGGACUGGAUCAAGCACAUACGGGAGGUGAUCCAGGAACGCACCAUCCACCUCAAGGGGGCGCUCAAGGAGCCCAUCCACAUUCCCAAGCCCGCCACCACGAAGCACAAGGGUAGAAGGGAUGGUGAAGACCUGGACAGUCAGGGUGAUGGGAGCAGUCAGCCUGACACCAUAUCUCUGGCCUCUCGCACUUCCCAGAACACCCUGGACAGCGACAAACUUUCCGGAGGUUGCGAGCUGACCGUGGUCAUCCACGACUUCGCAGCAGGCAAUAGCAACGAGCUGACGGUACGCCGCGGCCAGACUGUGGAGGUGCUGGAGCGCCCCCACGAGCGGCCCGACUGGUGCCUGGUGCGGACCACUGACCGCUCGCCUGCCCAGGAGGGCCUCGUGCCCUGUGCCAUGCUCUGCAUCGCCCACUCCCGCAGCAGCAUGGAGAUGGAGGGCAUCUUCAACCACAGAGACACCCUGUCGGUGUGCAGUAGCGACGCCCUGGUCCCCGGUUCUUCGGCCACGCUGCAGCCCAGCCAUAUCUCAGGCCCCCACAGUUCCCCGGGGCCCAAGCGGCCAGGCAACACGCUGCGCAAGUGGCUGACCAGCCCGGUGCGGCGGCUCAGCAGCGGCAAAGCUGACGGCCACGUCAAGAAGCUGGCACAGAAGCACAAGAAGAGCCGCGACGUGCGCAAGAGCGCCGAUGUCGGCUCACAGAAGGACUCUGACGACAGUGCCGCCACACCUCAGGACGAGACCGUGGAAGAGAGAGUAAGGAGUGAGGGGCUCAGCAGUGGCACACUGUCCAAGUCGUCGUCAUCGGGGAUGCAGAGCUGUGGGGAGGAGGAGGGGGAGGAGGGGCCCGACUCGGUCCCCCUGCCACCCCCCAUGGCCAUUCAGCAGCAUAGCCUGCUGCAGCCAGACUCCCAGGAUGACAAGACAUCCUCGCGCCUCUCUGUACGCCCGAGCAGCUCAGAGACGCCCAGUGCUGCGGAAUUGGUCAGCGCCAUCGAGGAACUGGUCAAGAGCAAAAUGGCCCUGGAAGACCGGCCCAGCUCCCUCUCGGUCCAGCAGCCUGACAGCAGCAGCCCCUCCUUCAACCCUUCGGACAAUUCGCUCCUGUCGUCUUCCUCGCCCAUCGACGAGAUAGAGGAGCGCAAGACUGGCUUCCUCAAGCGCCGACACUACGUCCUCCUAGAGCUUAUGGAGACUGAGAGGGACUACGUGAGAGACCUGGGAUUGGUGGUGGAGGGCUACAUGGCCAGGAUGAAGGAAGAAGGCGUGCCGGAUGACAUGAAAGGGAAGGACAAGACCAUGUUUGGCAACAUCCACCAGAUCUACGAUUGGCACAAAGACUUGUUCCUCGGUGAGCUUGAGAAGUGUCUUGAGGACCCUGACCGGCUGGCUUCGCUGUUCCUCAAACAUGAGCGGCGGUGGCACAUGUACAUCGUCUACUGCCAGAACAAGCCCAAGUCGGAGUUCAUCGUGUCAGAGUACAUCGAGACAUACUUUGAGGACCUGAAGCAGCGCCUGGGUCACCGGUUGCAGAUCACAGAUUUGCUGAUUAAGCCAGUUCAGCGAAUCAUGAAGUAUCAGCUUCUGCUGAAGGACUUCCUCAGAUUUUCCAAGAAAGCGGGUUUGGAUUCGCCGGAGAUGGAGAAAGCCGUGGAGGUCAUGUGCAUCAUACCCAAGAGGUGUAACGAUGUCAUGAACGUGGGCCGACUCCAGGGCUUUGAGGGGAAGAUCGUAGCACAAGGUGGCCUCCUCCUCCAGGACACCUUCUUGGUUUCGGACCAGGACGGCACACUCGUGUCCCGGAUGAAGGAGAGGCGGGUUUUCCUCUUCGAGCAAAUUGUCAUCUUUAGUGAACCCCUGGACAAGAAGAGGGGCUUCUCCAUGCCCAGCUUUCUCUACAAGAACAGCAUAAAGGUCAGCUGCCUGGGCUUGGAAGAGAAUCUGGACGGAGACCCCUGCAGGUUCGCGCUGACGUCGAAGGCGCCAGGCAGCAGUGGCACCGACACAUUCGUCUUGCACUCGAGCCACCCGGGCGUGUGUCAGGUGUGGGUGCUGCAGAUCAGCCAGAUCCUGGAGAACCAGCGCGGCUAUCUCAACGGUACCCAGACCAUGACCUCACCCGUCGAGCACCAGAGGAAUCAUAUGGGCCCAGGUGCGGCAAGUGGGCCCAGCAGCAGUGGCGGUCCAGCAGGGGGCAGCGCCCCUUCCGGCUCGCGCUGCCGGCCGUCCCGCAUCCCCCAGCCCUCGCGCCUGCCGCAGCCCCUCCGCCAUCACCCCCCCGAGCCCGAGGGGCCGGACAAGAUGUCAGGUACGUCUGGCCGCUACCCACCGUGUGCCCUGGGCGAGCCGGACCCCCGUGUGGAGAUUCCCCGCAUGAGGGUGUUGGAGAGCCCGCGGGGAGCCAAGCUGGCCGAGGGCGGCCCCAAGGACCCGCACGUGGACCCCCUGGGGCCCGUCCCUAGGGCCGCCGUCAGCCCCCUAACUCUGAGUAAGCCUCGAGCCGGGGCGGCCAGCCCCCUGGCCUCACCCCUGGUGGCCCCCGCUUUCGGGAAGGACGGCUUCCUCCCCGGCAGCCCGCAGAAAGGCACUUCAUUCUGGAGCUCCGUGCCAGCCUCCCCCGCCAGCCGACCUGGCUCCUUCACCUUCCCUGGGGAGGGCGACUCGCUGGGCCGCCAAAGCCAGCGGCACUCCACGCACAGCAAGGAUGCAGAUCGCAUGAGCACCUGCUCCUCGACCAGCGAGCAGUCCGUGCAAUCCACCCAGAGCAACGGGAGUGAAAGCAGCAGCAGCAGCAACAUGUCCACCAUGCUGGUGACACAGGACUACGUGGCCGUGAAGGAGGAUGAGAUCAAUGUGCUCCAGGGUGAGGUGGUCCAGAUCCUGGCCAGCAACCAACAAAGCAUGUUUCUGGUGUUCCGCGCCGCCAACGAGCAGAGUCCCGCCGCCGAGGGCUGGAUCCCCGGCUACGUGCUGGGCCACACGUCCGCCGUCAUCCCCGACCUCCCCGACGGAACCAUCAAGAAGUCCUCGUCCUGGCACACCUCGCUGCGCAUCAGGAAGAAGUCAGAAAAACGAGACAAGGAACUGAAAAAGGAGGGAAAGCUUGAGAAUGGAUACAGGAAGUCCCGCGAAGGCCUGGCCAACAAAGUAUCUGUGAAGCUACUGAAUCCCAAUUACAUCUACGACGUGCCCCCCGAGGUCCUCCUCCCGCUGAGCGACGUCACAUGUGACAUCGGCGAGUGCGUCACUCUUCGCUGUAAGAUAUGCGGUCGCCCCAGGGCCACCGUCACGUGGAAGGGACCGGAUCAGAACACGCUGACAAACAACGGCCACUUCAGCAUGGCUUACAGCGACACCGGCGAGGCGACGCUCCGGAUCGUGGGCGUGUCCUCUGAGGACGACGGCACGUACACCUGCAUCGCCACCAACGACGUGGGCACUGCGUCAUCGUCUGCUAGCCUCAGAGUACUGGGCACGACCAGGGAUGGACUGAAGGUCGCAUGGAAAGACAACUUUGACUCCUUCUACACAGUGGUCUCUGAACUGGGCAGGGGCAGGUUCUCGGUAGUGAAGCGCUGCGACCAGAGGGGGAGCAAGCAAACGGUGGCAGCCAAACUGGUCAACAAGAAGCUGAUGAAGCGUGACCAGGUGACCCAGGAGCUGAGCCUCCUGCACGGCCUGCAGCACCCCCACCUGGUGCGGCUGCUGGACACCUUCGAGACGGCCACCAGCUACAUCCUGGUCCUGGAGAUGGCUGACCAAGGCCGUCUGCUGGACUACAUCGUCAGCUGGGGUAACCUCACGGAGGAGAAGGUGGCCGCGUACCUGCGGGAGAUUCUGGAAGCUUUGCACUACCUGCAUAACUGCAGAAUAGCGCACUUGGAUUUAAAGCCCGAGAACGUGCUCGUGGACCAGAGCGGGGGCCAGCCAGUGAUCAAGCUGGCCGACUUCGGCGACGCAGUGCGUCUGGGCUCCACCCACUACGUGCAUCCGCUGCUGGGCAGCCCCGAGUUCGCCGCCCCCGAGCUGGUCCUGGGCGAGACAGCGGUGCUGGCCUCCGACGUCUGGAGUGUGGGCGUGCUGACCUACGUGCUGCUGAGUGGCGCCUCUCCCUUCCUGGACGAGAGCGCCGAAGAGACCUGCCUCAAUAUCUGCCGGCUAGACUUCAGCUUCCCCGACGACUACUUCCAGGGCGUGAGCCAGGGGGCCCGCGACUUCGUGCGUCUCCUGCUGCGCAGUGAGCCUUCCAGGCGCCCCCCCACCUCCCUCUGCCUCCAGGAGCCCUGGCUGCAGCCGGGCCACGGGGCCGGCUCCCCCCACAUCGAUACCUCCCGCCUCAUCUCGUUUAUCGACCGGCGCAAGCACCAGAACGACGUGCGGCCCGUCGGCAGCAUCAAGGCCUUCCUGCACAGCCGACUGCUGCCGGCGGUCUGACGCACCAAUGAAAAUAAAGAUCUCAUCCUCUUUCACUGACCAGUCGAAACCCACGGUGUCCUGCCGUGACUUGCGAAACCAGUGGAAGGUCAUUCCCAUGGAAACUCGAGGAUUCCCGUAGUUGACCAGUCCCUUGCUGCUGCCUGGUGCGGGAUCCCGAUACGGAUCUGGCAAAAAAGUGGGAAUAUUAUCCCACAGAUUUAGGCGAAACGUCUCUCCACACAUCUGCUCGGAUGUGGAGUUUUUUCUAAAUGGCGAUUUAGAUAGAAUUAGCAUGGAGGACAAUGUUAUUCCCAGCUUUCCCCCCCCCUUUCCUUAGUCGUCCUCUUUUUCAGAGUAUUCAAUUCAGGUUGCUUGGAUUGAUUAAUGGGAUUUUUAAGGGGAAAUUCCCUGUCUAAUGGUUGUGAGCCCAGCGUGGCUAAUGGAGCCAGCGGCUGUCUGGCUUUCCAGGAGUGAAUUAAAAAAAAAAAAAAAGAUAAAUAAUUAAAGCAAAAAAGUCAUUCAUUUUUAAAAGUUGCCUCACGGUCUUGGCCUGAGAAGCAUCGCUUACAGAAUUUAGGUCGAGAUCAGCACCCGGAUUGUGGGUCCAGCGAACAGCCGCCGCUUGGGUGAAAUCUUUCUGAUUCUGUUCAGAGCUCUUUUAAUUGCCUUGUUUAUUUAUUCUAAGGGAUCGUGAAAAAUCAAUGCCACAAGUAACAAGAUUUUAAGUGCUGCAACUCCAGCCUACGUAAAAAGGCAAAAAAAAAAAAAAAGAAUCUUUUCUUUCUGCUUUUAUUAGAACAAGUGAUGUUGCUCGGACCUAAGAUAUUUGCGCCUUACUUUGUACAUACUGUCCCCGCCUCCCGUUCAGCACGCGGCUCGUCAUUGGAUCUCCUCGGGUCAGGAAGGACGCCGAGUGGCUGGGGGGCCCCCCUCUGAGCGGCGGUGCAGACAGCGAAUCGGAUGGCGGAGCAACAAAGAGCGUUUACUGUAAAAUGCACUCGUUAUGUCAUGUUUUUAAUCUCAUCACGUGCAAUGUUGCGGCUUCAGCGUUUUAUUUAUGGAGACAUCUGUACCUGUAAUAAAUGUAUAGAAAAUGGCGCUUUUAGUGCCACUAGUUUUGCUGGUUUUCUGUUUGACGCCGUUUCCCUCCUUCAGUAUUAUCGCCCCGAGAGUCUGUGUGUCUGCUAGCGUUCGUACGUGUGUGAGCAGCGGUGAUGCCUUUCUCAGAUUUACAUAGAAACCCUGGCUUCCCCAAAUGCCAAAGUAUAAAGAGCUUUACAGAAACCAUUUAAGUUAAUUCCUUGUUUUUGGCCUUUAAAUUAUGAACUAUGAAUGGAAAUAUGACUCGGAAAGGAUGUUUACAUUUUGUUUCUUAUGGGUUUCCUUUAUUUUAUUUUUUUAACAAUCACGAUGAGGUUUUCAAAGUAUUUACUGCAGCCACUGGCAGGUAAUUUGGACUUCAUUAGGGUGCCUGGGGGUCUGAGUAGGGUGUGAGUGCAGUAUAUGUGGGGUCUUGCUCCGUAACUGUGAUGGGAUUCCUCAGCGGACACAUGGGAGCGCUGCGUACGUUCCUGCGAGGUGCAUCGCGUUCACACACCUGCCGUCUUCUCAGCGAGACGUCAGGAAGCUGCUUGCAGUUAAGUCACUGUAGUCUGUACACCUCCAGCCUUGGGGGGUUCUCCGGGAAAUCUCCAAGCGGGAUCCGCCGGGCGUGUGGGGCGGAGUCCAGCCCGGGCCACCACCACCACCCCCUCCCUCAUUCUGUCCUCUUAUUUAUUCAACAUUGUAAAGCUGUAUAUUAACUCAAGUGGGAGCUCAAGACAAGGUGCUUUUGCGCAUGUGUGUGUGCCAACCUUUUUUCAUUUAAUCCUUUUUUUUUUCGUUUGCAUGUGUAUGUGCUGUACAGAAUCCUUGUGUCUUCACCAUGUGCUGUAAAUAUUUUUGCCAUCAGUUGUUUUGAGAUUAAACAAGCACCAUGCUCUUC